AUGGCGACACUUCCCCCGGUGUCCAAUCAAUGGAUUCCUGAAGACGACUUGUUGUUGAAGAAUGCUGUUGAGGCAGGUGCAUCAUUGGAAGCACUUGCUAAGGGAGCAAUACAAUUUUCUCGAAGAUAUACUUUACGAGAGCUCCGGGAGAGGUGGCACUCCCUUCUCUAUGAUCCCGAGAUUGCAGCCCAAGCCUCCGCCCGUAUAUUUGAACUCGAGGUCUCUGGCUUAUGCCCCGGGUCAAACUCAAACAAACCGGAGAAAGAAAAUUCAAAGAAAAAGAAACGCGAGAGCAUCCGUAGAAAAUACUAUGCCAUGAGGAAAAAAUUCCGCAGCGAGUUUUUGAACCACAGUGUUCUCGGUUUCUUUGAAUCCAAUCCUCACGAGUUUGUCGAGCAUGUUCCCGAUUUCCAGGACCAAUCGACGCGUGAUGUUAAUGACCAGUUACAACUUCAGGAAGAGGAUUUAGAUAUUCUGCGCCAUGCCUUUCUAGGUACGAUACAGGAUGCGUCUGGUGCGAACAAUGAAAUCAUGGGUGGCUACGGAUUUGAUGAAAGAAUGUUCCCCUUUGGUGAAUGCGCUAAAAACAGAAAAGGUUCGGUCGCUAUCGGAGAAGACCGAAUUAGUGAAAAUCAUGCAGUUGUGUACGAACCCAACAGUUCACACUUGCGUCACUUGAGAACAACACCUUCGGCACCUAAUCUUGUUUUGGAGAAUAUGAUCCCCAAUGAUGAUGCCCAGGGUAAAGAAAAUAGCUCGUCGGCAUACACUGGUGAGUUUGCAGACCCAGACUCACUUCUGAACCUGUCGAAUGAGGAAGAGAUGCUCUUAGUGGAUGUGGAUGAAAAACACGUAGAAAAGAAAUCUUCUGUGGAUAUAUCUGAUUCGAUUAACCAAGAACUGAAUAAAGGCAAUCAGGAAAAUGAUACUGCGAAAGUUCAACCUGAAACCGUGCAACUAUCAGAAGCUACUGUAGAUUCCUCGGCUUUGAAUGUUGACAUGCCUUCGAAGCCAACACUAAAGUGUGAUUUGAUCGAACUUUGUCAUGGUGAGAUCCGCUGCACGUUGAACACAGAGGAUCCCGAGAUUCCAUGCAACGAUGAUAUAUUCUUGCUUAUUCAUCCUCCCACGUCCACUGGCUCUCCUCCACUACAGCUCAAAGCCACAGUUUCUAUGAACGAAUGUGCUCCUGUUUAUGAGAAGGAUAAUGGGAAAGGCGUAAGCUCGCCGAAGAAAGGCAAAGAUUAUAUGAGUGCUGGUUUGUGUCCUCAGGCGGGAGGGAUGCAUGGCUUGUCAGAUUUGCGUUCGAUUCAGACUGUUGGUUGUGCAGCAAAAGAUGAUAUUCCUGGAUUUGUCCACAAGACCAUUGGAAAUUUGGGUAAAGGCAAAUCGCUGUACACAAUUCCAAAACCAUGCAGCAGUAGCAUGUCCAAGAAAGAAGUUGCUGGAGCUAGUACGAAGGUUGGAGACAGCCCAGCAACAAUGAUACCACCCAUGGAAGCAGGUCCUGUGAGUACCUCGCUUCCAGAAUCAUUGCUCAAUGACUCAGUAUCAGAUCAGGAAGAACCACAGAUUGAUGAUGACGUGCCUUAUUUUUCUGACGUGGAAGCUAUGAUUCUUGAAAUGGACUUAUAUCCAGACGAUCAAGACGCCAGGCAAGUGCCUAGUUAUCAGUACGAUGAUACUAAAAGGACAAUCAUAAGGCUGGAACAGGGUGCUAGUUCUUGCUUACAAAGGGCAAUGGCAUCACAAGGAGCACUUGCUAUCUUAUAUGGCCGUUAUUUGAGGCAUUACAUCAAGAAGCCUGAGGUUUUACUUGGCAGAUCUACAGAUGAUUUUGAUGUUGAUAUUGAUCUAAGGAAAGAAGGACGAGCUAAUAAAAUAUCGAGGCGGCAGGCGAUCAUCAAAAUGGAGGCAGAUGGAUCAUUCCUUUUAAAGAAUCUUGGUAAGAGUUCAAUGUCAGUUGAUGGCUUGUCAGUAGCUACUGGACAAUUGCUGAACCUGAGUCCCAGUUGUUUGAUCGAGAUAAAGGGAAUGAGUUUUGUAUUUGAGAUCAACCAAGGAUAUGUGAGGAAGAACUUGGUUGAGCUACAUAACAUCCAAAUGAUGCAAUUUUCGGAACUGUUCUGGAGCUAUAUAUUCUGCAAUGAACUGAAGUAUUUCGAUCUUUUCUAUCAAAGGGAAGUUACCCGCGAAAGAGCUUCCUGA